UCUUGCGCACUAUGAAAAACGUGACAGCUAUUUCUGAUAAAAUGUGAAACUCCUGCAAAUAAUUCGACGUGUUUACCAGAAAUACUGCGAUAAAGAUGGGAACAGGUGUAGAGGAGGUGGAUAAGUAUGUGUCUGAAGUAAAAAGCCUUCUGAAAAAUGCCAGAGAGAUCAACCUGAAAGGGCUAGACUUUGCCCGACUAUAUAAAAGAGCUAAAGUUUUGGACAAAGCUAUAAGUUGGUUGGCAUCCUACUUGACGGAGAAUGAGGGGGAUUUCAGUGCAAACAAACUUAUGGGGCAACUUUAUGAGGAAAAAGGUGUCCUUGACAAAGCUGUACAUUUCUACAGAAGAUCGCUUGAGUUGAAUAAUUCCCAGCGUGAUCUUGUUCUGAAAGUUGCCGAUCUUUACUGUCAGGUGCCGAUUCAUCCAGAAAGAGCCUGGGCUUGGGCUGACAGAGCAGCAAGGCUUCACCCUGGUCACCCUGUGGUCUUUAAACUCAAGAUGCACCUCUUGGAGACUGCAGGGAAGAUUGAUUAUGAUCAGAUGGAGGACCUACUAGCUGAGGAGAUGGCUAGGCGUCCUGAUGCAGAGUUACAUAUAAGGCUGGUCAAGAUCUAUGCUGCAAGAGGUUGUCUGCUUGACGCCUACACACACUGCACUGCCGUUGUCAAAACUAAGGCUUUUGCUGAUGAUCUGGAAUGGUGGGCUUGUGCUAUGGAUAUUUUCGAGAGACAGCUCUGUCAGCAGUUAAAGCUAAUGCCCUCCAGUCAUGGGGUGACAGAGGCCAACGCCCACAUGCUCACAGCACAAGCUCGUAUGAUAGACCUUUAUCUUAAACAAGGGAGUACCCAAGAGUGCCUAGAUGCAUUGUACAGGUUUGAUUAUUCGCUAAGUCAAGCUCACAAACUUAAGGCGCCUCUUCGCAAAGAAUUAAGAAGGACAACAGAGUGGGACGUGGCGUUGCAUGAGAUGUUAGGGCAACUGUACAUGUCCUGCGCUGUUCUCAUACUACGGCUUGCUAAAGAGAACUACCUUACCUGGCCUCGUGCUGUAAAGCUGUCAUGUGCCUGCUUCAAUGUCAGUGCCCACAUCAUCGAGCCAGACACGAAGACCGCCUGGGUUGCUAAGGCAACCAAGGAUAAGGACCCACUGCGAUGGUACCGCAUGGCCUGUACCAGGCUGAGUACAACAGGGCAUUUUUUGCUGUUACAACAAAGUAAGGAAGGUACAGAGUGGUUGGAAUCUUGUCUACAAGACUGGUCUUCUCAAAAGGGCCUUCAUGACAUUUUAGACACUAUUUAUCAAAGAAAGAAAGAUCUGACUAAGUCAUUUCUAGCCCAAGAUCCAAGUCUGUUCAACUCUACCUUGAGAAUUCCCUCUGUUGAUGAACUUGUCAGAUAUGAUGAAGUUCGUAUUGACGACCAGCCACGGAACCUUAAUCAGAUAACAUGGAUAGGUUUGAAUUGGCUCCUCUAUGAAGGAUGUAUGAGACCUGGGGUGGGUGUUAUAGUCAAGCGAAUGUUUGAGAAAUUACCUGACGAUUGGAUAAAAAUAGAGGACUGUUCCCCAAGAAGUCUUUGUCAUCGGGAUUUGGAGGCAUUUAUUUAUGCAGUGGUGAGAACUAGUGAGGAACGAGUUCUUCAGGACAAGGAGAGUUAUCACCCUGAUGGCCAGCCCAAGAUCCUACCCAUACAACUAUGUGAUUCAGUUGUGCUCCCGCAACAAGUAGCGUGGUGGGAUGCAGCUAUCAGUGUGUACAGGGGAAUCAGGAGUUAUGUUGAUUCUGGCAAAGUCCGCCAUAUACUACAUAAAGGCUUGGAGGUUCUCCGUGUAACAUGUAAUCAUGGAAUGCAUCUUUCGUUGCUUGUCUAUUUAGCUGAAAAUUUUGCUGAAAAGGCGUCAUUUCUGCAAAAAGCAGGGGCAUAUCCAUGGAGCUACGAAGCUCACUGGAUGAGCCUUAAAGCCAGAAGUGGACUCUACUGGAAAGAAGUGCUCAAAAUCCUCGAGAGAACGGAGACUCCACCUGUUGUGAAGGACCCACUCUUUCCUUCACUAGACACCGGGGAGCCUAAAUGUGUCCAGGCCGUGUGGGAAAAGGCCCACUGCGCCUUGGGGGAACACGCAUUCAGAGAAGGGCGUGUUGAGGAAGCCAUUGAGUUGUUGGAACCAGUAAAGUCCAUCCGCGGGAUGUUUCACCUUGCUCAGGUCUAUUGCUACCUGGCUACGGUUGAGAUUCAGGCCGCUGCUUCUGAAGAUCUCGACUCUGAGGGCUGUCCUCAUGGGCCACCUGAAGAGUACUACAUCGACUUGAACCAUGCCAAAGAACUCCUGGAGAACUGCUUGAAACAAGCGACCAGUGAAGCGGCAAUCAAAAGCGUCCAACAAUCCAUGAAGAAAGUUGAAGAUAUGAUGAAGAUGAAGCAUGAUCCGCAGACUGUAAUAACACCAAGGAGACUGGAAAUGGAACGUUUGGACUCCCAUCCGUUGGAUUCUCAAGCAAGUAGAAGCGUAACGCCCGUGUCAGCUCAAGGGUCAGACAACUUCUGGCUUGACCAGCCUGGCGGUUCCAGUAACGCGGAGCUGAUUGCUCAGCUGAGUGAGGUCACCCUGAGCAAUGGCUACCUACAGGAGCAGAUGGCUCUCCGUGACCAAAAGAUGGAGCUGCUCAGCGACAAGGUCCUGAGACUCGAGGCUGAAUUAACAGAACUCAAGAGGAACAGCAUGUCUUCUUCCAUGAUGACACCGUCUCGCCCUUCUGUGCAGCCCAGUAGUAUGGUAUCGCCUGUCCCAAUACCACCCCAUCAUGGUACACCUGACAGCCACGCCCUACCUCAACACACCCCUCAGGGAGAAGACCUUGGACAGGCGGCAUACCAGUCUACACCAAUAUCCAAACCUUCUGUGAAGUCACGACUUGGUCCAAGGCCCGCCCCUGUACCAGAACCACCAAAGCUUGAUCCAUCAUUCUUUGCGGGCCUUGCAGCUACAAACAGUCCUGAAAAGAGGCAGGAGGAAGAGGAUGCAUCCGAGUUGGGCAGCACGAGGCACGAUUCUGCCUCUGCUGACGAUGGGAUCCACUUUGAGCCUGUGGUCUCGCUGCCGUCGAAAGUACCAGUUACAACAGGGGAGGAGAAAGAGGAGGUUCUCUUUAACAAGCGUGCAAAACUUUUCCGUUUCGCUGUUGAGGAGAAGGCGUGGAAAGAGCGUGGCAUUGGUAACUUGAAGAUUCUCUUUGCCAAAGAAAAGGAGAAGUUUAGAGUCCUGAUGCGUCGUGAUCACAUAUACAAGAUUUGUGCCAAUCACGUGAUUACAGCAGAAAUGGAGCUAAAGCCUAUGCAGCAGGGAGGGGCCACACGGAGCUGGAUCUGGACCACACUGGCAGACUUUGCAGAUGAGACGCCUAAAGUGGAACAAUUUGCAGUGAGAUUCAAGCUACCAGAGGAAGCAGAUGAGUUCAAGAAUGUAUUUAGUUAUUGCAGAGAAAGAGUUCUAAAAGGCCCCGGGAAGUCGAAAAGUAGUACACAAAAUGCCACAAAUAUCGCAUCUGAACCCGCUAAAAGAGAAGACCAACAGAGCCUUGCUGAGAAGUUUGCUCCUAAGCCUGGCCAAUGGUCGUGCAGCAUUUGCUUGGUCCUAAAUAAUGCUGGUACUAAAGUAUGUGCCGCUUGUGGCGCAGCAAAACUGGAUGACAUUACCCCAGGCUACGCUGAAGUAACUGCUUCUUCAGCUCCGGCCCCUCAUCAAGUUCAACCAGCAUUCUUUUUCAAGCCACCGGCACCUACCACCACUUCCACUGCCGCUCCAACCUUCUCCUUUGGAAUAAAGCCAGCGGUCGAGAGUCAAUCCCUUACUGCCCCAACAUUCCAGUUUCAACAAGCUUCUGCAGGCCCUCAAUCACAGCCACCAUCUACAUUUAAUCUCGCUCCGUUUGGUGUAUCAGCGCCAAGCACUCAAGCACCUUUUACAUCUGCUGGUAGCUUCUCAUUUGCGCCUUCUCAACAUGCUUUCUCUUCUGCACCAAGUACCCCAGUGUUUGGCAUGGCCAAAGAGCAGCAGCAAAAGCCCCUAACGUUUGGCAAUUUCCAGAAAGUAUCUCCUGGUUUUGCCAUCGAUGACGAAGAGGAUAAUGAGACACCAGUAUCAACUGGCGGGCAGACAACAGGCACGCAGUUUGCCCCAGCUUCCGCCUCGCGCCGCCGCCGCCGCCGCCGCCGCCGCCGCCUCUGCUAUCACUCCACAGUCAUUUUGGAAGCAAGACAUGGACGAAAAGUUUGCAUUCGGGAAUCUGCACCGGACAGAACCACUGGCCGGUAUGGCACCCGCAUCAGGCACUCCGAAUGUCUGGUAUCCUGCUCAGCUGCUCUUACUAACAUUGCAGCCGGAGCAAAGGGCUCCCCAAACAGCUCUUACGCAGGGUCUACGCCUGACUCUUCAGCACGGUUUGUUACACCACCAAGUGGCCCUACAGCAGAAGAGAACACUGACUUGAUCAGGUCUGAAUUGCUGGGGUUAUUGCAGUCGAAAACUGGGGGUCAGACGUUUGGCGGAGCAGGUGUAGGACAUAGCCCAUUAGGAGCUUCGGAAAACAGCUAUUCUCUCAAGGAGUACGAGCCAAGGACACCUGAAGGUGAAGAGGAGGAGGAGGAAGAGGAGGAUUGGGAGACUGAGACAGAGUCCGAGGGUGAAGAUUAUUCAUCAAAUGAAGAACUCGAGAAAGAGAAUCAGUUCUACGGCAGCCCUAGUGGCACCUUUAUGUCUGGCAUGGAGCCUGUACCGAUGAAGCCAAACCAGGCUGUUAUUCAACAAGUUACUUUUACGUCUGGCAUGGAGCCUGUACCGAUGAAGCCAAACCAGGCUGUUAUUCAACAAGUUACUUUUACGUCUGGCAUGGAGCCUGUACCGAUGCAGCCAAACCAAGCUGUCAUUCAACAAGUUAAGAACCUACAAUGGCAUGGCCAGGAUACAGUGAGGCUGCCCGAAAGCACUGUACCUCCACUUAACUUCGCAGAGUCUUCUCCACUUGCUGAAAGAAAGUUCCUCACCGCUAAAAGUCCUGCUAAAGGCACAAAGAAAUCAGAUGAAGACUGUGUGAUUGUCUAUGAGAUUCGAGCCGCCAAAGCUGAUCGUGAGAGAGCAGAGCGUUUACUUUUACCACCCAAUUUCUUCAACUACACAAGGGGUCAGCCUUGCAAAGGUUGCUUUGGCUGUAAAGGUACCCGUAGUCCAGAGAUUUCUCGUGAAAAGAGCAAACACAGUCACGCUGGCGAUCAAGAAGUGCCCCAAGUUUUGCAGGAGCCCAGUGAGAGUACUACAGCUGGUCCAAUGGUUGAGAAUAAGAGACCCGUGUUUGGCUCUUCUGCUGGUUUCGGAUCUCUAACCUUUGAAAGUUAUACUGCAUCAAGCAAGGAAGCAUUCGGGAGCAAAAGUGGCACAAAGGAGUUCCCGCAGGCUGGACGGCAGUUGUUUGGAUCAGUAAGCGGAGAGGACACUCUUGAAGAAGAAGCGGAUGCCCACUUUAAACCUGUCAUACCUCUUCCAGCUCGUGUUCAAGUAGUCACUGGGGAGGAGAAUCACGAGGUUAUGUUCUCUGGGCGCGCCAAGCUUUAUCGCUUCAACGUUGACCUCAAAGCAUGGAAAGAAAGAGGUGUUGGAGAUAUCAAGCUUCUGAGAGACCUGAAGAGCGGGAAAGGGCGCGUCAUAAUGCGGCGAGAUCAGAUUUACAAACUCUGCGCCAAUCACUGGAUCAAGCCUGAUAUGGAGCUCAAGUCUAACAUGGGUUCAGACCGCUCCUGGGUCUGGAAUACUUUGGCAGACUUUAGCGAGGAAGAGCCGUCAGCAGAGCAACUUGCCAUUCGCUUCAAAUUACCAGAGACCGCUACAAAGUUCAAGGAAGCGUUUGAUGAACUGAAGAACGCUGAACCAAUAAGUGAAGGCGUACCAGACAACAAAGGCAAGGUUGAAGAAAUCAAGACUAUGCCAUCUGAAUCGUGGGAAUGUGAUGGGUGCUAUCUUUCAAAUACCCUCGCCACUGAUACAUGCAAAGCAUGUGGUGCAGAGAGACCAAACAAACAAGUCGCACAGCCUUCCAAAAAGACUAUACCAGAAUCCCCGAACCCUCCUACUGCUACUGAGCCUCGGGAAGAACCAAGUACCUUAACGUUUAAAUUUGGAACAGACGGGAGCAAGCUAUUUGGAGGAAAGCCGUUAUUCACUGUUGGGAGAGAAAGUAGCGGUGAAGAGAAGAUCGACGAGGAGGAAGUCCCCUUGAAUAUCAUUAAAUAUUCGCCAGCGAAAAGCCCUGUGAAACCAAAAACACCAGUGAAAGAGCCGACAUCCUCCUUGUCAGGUUUCUCAUUUGGUGCAGCAACGCCUUCCAAAUUUACGUUCCGUAUGGACCUAUCUCAGAAGUCGUCCCCCCAAGUAGAAUCUCCUGUGAAGUCCCCUGCCAAGUCACCCGUUAAAGUCCCAGAAACCCCCACUUCCCCUACUUCCCCGGGCGCGGCCUCAGAAUGUGAAGACGACGGACCUCACUUUGAACCAGUGAUCGCCCUUCCCAAGAAGAUCGAGGUUAGAACAGGAGAGGAAGAGGAGGUUAUUGUGUACAGUCAUCGAGCAAAGCUUUACCGACACGACAAGGAGUCAGCCCAGUGGAAGGAGCGUGGUCUAGGGGAUGUCAAAAUCCUCAAGAACCCCAGAACGCUCAAGUGCCGUGUGUUAAUGCGACGAGAGAAUGUCCUCAAGAUAUGUGCCAAUCAUCAAAUCACCCCUGUGAUGCACCUUGAGCCCAUGCGUGGGUGUGAUCGGGCUUGGGUGUGGCACGUCUUGGCGGAUUUCUCUGAUGAAGAGCAGAAGAAAGAAUUAUUCGCCAUUCGCUUUAAGACUGUAGGGAUCGCUCAAGAUUUCAAGAAGGCGUUUGAAGAUGCACGGGAAUCAAGUAAAAGCGAUAGUACUGGCUCUACGCCAGCUAAAGACACAUGUGUGAUUGAGGAUUUGCAAAGUAAGUCACAAGACCCAGUUAGCAAUUCAGUCUCUACACCCAAAAACAAAGACACUACAUCGUCAAGUGGUGAAACGCCCUCGGUAGUGUAUUGCAAAGAGGCGAACGACGAGGAAAAGGAGAAGGCAGGGAAGCUGAAGCUUCCAGAGACGUUCUUCGCUGGAGAAGCAAAAGAGAGAAUAGACGCCGUACAACUUAGCAGCUCGACUGAAACAAAGUCACCCACAGAAAAGUCUUCUAAACCCUUCCUGUUUGGAUCUCCGAGCGUGUCUUCUUUAAGCUUCGCUUCCGUUGCUGGAGCAGGCACAAGCCCGUUUAUUAGUUCUGACGGAUCUGCUAAACCGUUUGCAAACGCUGGUGCAAAGCUGUUCGAGGCUUUUGGUUCACCCGAGUCUGGCCAGGACAUUGAAGAGCCACACUUUGAACCGAUUAUCCCACUACCUGAGAAAAUAGAGGUAAAGACAGGGGAAGAACACGAGAAGGCUCUGUUCUCCCAUCGUGCUAAGUUAUACCGGUACGACAGCAAUGCGAAGCAGUGGAAAGAGCGAGGCAUCGGAGAUAUCAAGUUGCUGUCCAACCCACAGACAGGACGCGUUCGAGUGCUGAUGCGACGUGAUCAAGUCCUGAAAAUAUGCGCAAACCACCUCCUAACUCCAGACAUGACGAUCAAACCAAAUGCGGGAUCUGAUAAAUCACUUGUUUGGAGCACUGUAGCGGAUUACGCUGAGGAAGAAUCGAAGCCUGAACAGUUUGCUGUGCGUUUCAAGCAUGCAGAGACUGCCACGUUGUUCAGGAAAACCUUCGAGGAGAGUGUUCAAGUGGAAGGAAAGAUUGAGAGUGGUGCUGAAGGUGGGGGAGACACCCAGCCUAAGUCAAUCGAUGCUGAGGAGAACACUGAUAAAAGAGAUAAAGAAUCGCUAUUCGAAAAGUUUAAAGCGAAGCCUGGUGAGUGGGACUGUGAGACGUGUCUUGUGCGUAACACUGCAGAAUCUAAGACCUGUCCUGCGUGUCAGACACCUAAGCCCGGAGCCACACAGACAUCACACUUAACUGGUGUUACUAAGCAAGGCGGUUCUACACCCAAAUUCUCAUUUGGAAUUCAGCAACCAGCGUCACAGCCCUCUGAAGCCACUGCGGCAGUAUCGGCACCUAGCCAACGUGUUAAAGAAUCUUCAGGCGUAACCGGCACUAAAGAUUCUUUAUUGGACAAAUUCAAACCUAAGCCUGGAGAGUGGGACUGUGAGAUGUGUCUUGUGCAUAAUACGGCAGACUGCACAAUCUGCCCGGCAUGUCAGACGCCUAAACCCGGGGCACCACAGCCAUCAAUUGCACCCUCCUCAACGCCUCAAUUCGGUUUUGGCGUCCCCAAGCAGGACAACACAAUUCCUAAAUUUUCGUUCGGGACACAGCCGUCUGGGACCACAGUGGCCAGUUCAAGCCAUGGACAAGAGGAGAAAGCUUCUUCAAAUGUGUCUACCAGUCAGGGAUCUUUGCUUGACAAGUUUAAACCGAAGCCGGGAGAGUGGGACUGUGAGACGUGUCUUGUUCAUAAUGCGGCAGACUGCACAAUCUGCCCGGCAUGUCAGACCCCUAAACCCGGAGAACCACAGACGUCACAGCCAACCGCUCCCAAGUUCAGUUUUGGAGUUACUAAGCAAGGCGGCACUACUCCCAAAUUCUCAUUUGGAGUUCAACAACCAGCUUCACAGCCCUCUGAAGCCACUGCGUCAGUAUCAGGCACUUGUCAACAGGGUAAAGACUCUUCGGACAUAACCUGCAAUAACGAAUCUUUAUUGGACAAAUUCAAACCUAAGCCUGGAGAGUGGGACUGUGAGAUGUGUCUUGUGCAUAAUAUGGCAGAUUGCACAGUCUGUCCUGCGUGCCAGACGCCUAAGCCCAAGGCACUACAGCCAUCAAACACACCCUUCUCGACACCUAAAUUCGGUUUUGGCGUCCCUAAGCAGGACAACGCCACUCCUAAAUUUUCGUUCGGGACACAGCCGACUGGGACCACAGUGGCCAAUUCAAGCCAUGGACAAGAGGAGAAAGCUUCUUCAAAUGUGUCUACCAGUCAAGGAUCUUUGCUUGACAAGUUCAAACCAAAGCCUGGAGAGUGGGACUGUGAGACGUGUCUUGUUCAUAAUGCGGCCAACUCUGCUAUCUGCCCUGCGUGUCAAACACCUAAACCCAGUGCUGAACAAACAACUCAGCCGCCAGCCGUAACUCCCCAGUUCAGCUUUGGUAUCCCAAAGAGAGGCGACAUGACACCACAAUUCUCUUUUGGGGUCAAGCCACAAGCAUCGCAACCCGCUAGUAGCUCAUUUGCUGGGUUUACAACACAAAAAGAAGAAACGUUUCCUUCAAAGAUAACGUUUGGGGCACAUAGUAGUGUAUUUGGGAGCCCAGUUGUUCAAGAAGUUAAGAAAACUGAAAAGGCCAGCCCCGUCUUGUCUCCACCUAAAUUCCAAUUUGGGACGGCACCCAUGACAGCUGGAGAACCAAUCUGUCAACAGGCAAAGGAUGGCGAAAAAGCUGUGGUCGCAGAGGAAGACAGGAAUGACUCUCCAAACGAUUCUACCGACAGCGAUCUGAUAUUGGUGUCGUCUGUCAGCCCUACUAGCGAUGAGGUUAAACAAGCCGAGGUUCAUGCUAACCGCUCCCCUCGCAGAUCAGCUGACGUUCUACUAGUGGCAUCAGUCGAACCAACGACUGACGAGGUAAAACGUGCAGAAGCUUUACUGUUGCCAAGUAGCUUUUUCCUGUUCGAGAGAUCAAAGAGUGAGGAGACUUCAACUGAGCGCAAACCGAGGUCGAAGUCAGUGGAUUAUAAACUUCCUGCAGGAUCUCAAGACCCACAAAAUGUGAGGCAACAAGAAACGGAUCCAAAGGAAUCUACAAGUACACCAAAGAGUGAGCAUGUGUUUGGCUCUACCAGUGCCACGUCGUAUGCGUCAUUCGGCGAUGUUGCAGGACAAGGUUUUAAGGCCAAGGACAGCAAAGCAACAUUUGCCGGGCAGGGAUCUCAGCUUUUCGCCGAGCCUCAAUGCAAUGACUCUCCCGAAACGGAAGCGGAUGGCAUCGAUUUUGCACCGCUGGUGUCCCUACCUAAAGUUGAGGUUGUCACCGGGGAGGAGAAUGAGGAGGCCUUGUUCUCGCAUCGUGCAAAGCUUUAUCGCUAUGACAAAGAUAGCAAUCAGUGGAAGGAGCGUGGAGUUGGGGACAUUAAGAUCCUCAAGAAUGCGACAGACCAGAAGUGCCGCAUCCUGAUGCGAAGAGAUCAGAUCCGCAAGUUGUGCGCCAACCACAACAUUACGUCGGAGAUUAAGCUCCUACCUAUGUCAACAUCUGAUCGAGCUUGGGUGUGGACCAGCCUCGCCGACCUUUCCGAAGAAGAGCCCAAAGUUGAACAACUUGCUGUAAAGUUUAAGUCUCCCUCAGUUGCUCAUCAGUUCAAAGACGUCUUUGAAAAGGCGCAGCAGAGGCUCAAUAUUGAGGAAAUAGCAGAGAAAAUAGUUAGAGAUUCUUCAGCUACUAAUGAUGGCGACAAGCUGGACAAACAGCCUCCAGGUGGUAGUGAGGCGCCUCAAGAGGGCAACCAGCCAAACCAAGAACAAAGGUGGGAUUGUGCUAGCUGUGGAUGUGUGAACAGCGCAAAGUCGCAUCAGUGCUUUGGUUGCAGCCUAGACAAGGUGGGGUUAGAAAAGCCUGCUCCCAAAUCCAUGAUUCAAGAUUUAUCGGAAAAGUGGCAGUGUGAUUCAUGCUACGUCCAUCACCCCGAUGAACGUGGGUUCUGUCUUGCCUGCGGCAACAGUAGAUACAAAGGAAGCCCACCAAGUGACGAACAAAGCAAACGACUACAACAACCCGAGGGUACAGAUGAACAAGAUGCUCCAAACAGUCCUGAGAAGGCAGUCCAGAGUGAACCAGUAAAACCGUUCCUGUUUGGGGCCCCUUCUGUGUCGUCUGUGUCGUUCAACGAUAUCACAACCAGUGGUAUUGGACCUGGCUUCUUCAGUAGACCACCCCAACAACCCGAGGAAAAGGAAAGCGAAGAAGCCAAUGAGCAUGAGCAGGAGCAUGAGCAUGACACAUCCGGGGAUCACAUUCACUUUGAGCCAAUCAUCCCGCUACCGGAUAAAGUUGAGCGGGUGACGGGCGAAGAAGCCGAUCAGGAAGUCUUCAAAUGGCGGGCCAAGUUGUACCGUUUCGACGUUGACACAAAGGCGUGGAAAGACCGGGGUAUCGGAGACAUCAAAAUCUUGCAGAAUGUGUCCAGCGGGAAAGCUCGUAUUGUUAUGCGCAGGGAGCAUAUACACAAAUUAUGUGCGAACCAUCUCAUCAAUGCCAGCAUGGAGUUGACGCCGCUUGCGGGCUCUGAUCGCGCGUGGGUGUGGCAGACGCUUGCGGAUAUCUCGGAAGAGGAGGCGAAACCGGAAGAGCUUGCUGUGCGCUUUAAGAACGCGGAAAUCGCAGCGUUGUUCAAGGAAAAGUUCGAUGCCUGUAAAGGUGGGUUUCCGACAAAUGGUUCCCCUUCUACAAAUAAAUGUCAAGAGAAAAGUGAAUGUAAAUCUGAAGAGAAAAGCGAGAUGGAAUGUGAUAAAAUGAAGCUGGUUGCAUAUGAAGGCGCACCAAGUAAACAAAGCCCAAAUAAGGACGUCUUGCCAAAGGAAUCAUAUUCUCAUUUCUCGACCUCUAGCACCGUCACGCAAACCUCAACAACGCAAAUGAAAUUCGUCCAGCAGAUCAGCAGUGGUUCCACUGUUAUACACUCGACCGAAAGAUCAGCAGUCGGACAGGCAUUCCAGAAAUUGCAGGUCACAGAAAAGGGUGGUGAGAGGACAAAAGAAACGCAAUCAGCUUCGACAAUCGCUAUUCAGGACUCACAGAUAUCCUCAAGCGGACGGAGCAACACCGGACAAUUCCAGUUCGGAUUCGGAAGCCCGCCCCGAACCCCCCCUGGUCAUGGAAUCGCGUCACCCUUCGCCCAGUUCGGAGGGUUCUCAGCGGGUUUGGCCUCCCAACAGCAUGACCCAGGAUCAGGAGGCGGGACACCGUUACAAGGAGCUGACCCCUCUACUAAAGUCGGUGAGUCAGUCGGAACAUCUGACACUGUGGAUAGGCCAUCUCCAUUCCACUUUCAAACACAGCCAGUUUUCGGCCAGCCAGGGUUCUUCUCCGGGUUCGGCAAGCCGCCACCGCCACUGCAGAGUCCAGGAGAUAGCGAGAAAGUGAGGCAAGAGUCGAAAUCUCUGAGCGCGACGCAGUCUACGCAGGUGAAUGACAAGAAAACGAUCACGCGCAAGGAGAUGACAGUCCAACAAGCCGCUCACGUGACACGCGUGGGGAACGAAACCGAGGGUGCUUCUGGGAAGGUGUUGAGUUGCUCGCCUGAGAUAACUCGAAUGUUGGACGAUUUACAAGAAUCAAGCAAAGCGGAGGGACAAAGUGACCAGUAAUAGAUGAUAUCAAUCGUGUCGUUGGGCUUGGUUUUUCAAAGAAUAUCCAACAGUAAUGGAUUCAGCUUACCGUAUAAGCGAACCAACAUCGACUGUUACGUGAGUGUAAGCUUUUCAAAGAAUACCGGACAGUACAAGAUUCUACUAGGUUGGAGUAUAGGUGCGUUAGAUUCUAAUUGCGGUAAUACCCUUGGGGUGAAGCUCAAUUAAUUAAUCGAUAAACAAUGUAAUACAAAUCAAUGGCAGUAACAUAAAGAUGCAAGUAGAACAUCACAAGAGAGUGGACUCUAGAUUAACUUUAGACAAAAACAAUGAAUCUGUACGAAAGCAUGAAUAGUAUGAAAGCAUGAAAGUAUGAA